UAAUUCACCAUUCUUCUUCUUCUUCUUCUUCUUCAUUCUUUCAUUCUUCCGCUUUCCUUUUAUAUAACACAAGAUCCCUCUCUUCUCUCUCUUCACUUAACUCUUUCUUCUUCUUCCUUCUUUCUUUUAGUCUCUCUGUUUGAUUUAGAUUUUGGUUUGUAAAAAAGAUGUCGUCACAUUAUAGAAGACAUUCUCUAGAACCUUCCAUUACCGGUAAAUUCCGAGAUUCUUUGAGUUUCCAACGAGACGAUGACGUCACCAUCGACAAACCCGAUUUCAGAGAACUCGAUUUCGGUUCUCCGAUGAUCCAACGUGGCUACUCCUCCGCCGCUGCCACUCCCGCUGCUAGUGGCAGCAGCUCGAGCUCCUCUGGCUCUGCUUCCGGUAAACCCUCUGGACGGAGUCACUCCGGCGAGCUUUCCGGUUUGACCGACACCAGUCCGGUUAAACCCGGAUCCGGUCACGUGAACCGGAGUUCGAAACAGGGCCACAGAAGAUCCGCUUCCGCUGGAACGCCGUUGAUUUAUUCAGGUUUAGGUUUAUCUCCGGUAAGCUCUCGCGGCGGCGGAAGCGGCGCGACGUCUCCGAACCUCGGCGUUUUACCUACCGGGAACAUUUGUCCGUCGGGAAGGAUCUUAAAAACCGGAAUGGCUACGAGAACAUCCGUUAGACACGAGACUCUAUGCACAGGGACAGCCAAUUACGGCCACGGAAACAUCAUACGCAGCGGUGGUGGUGUCGGCAGCAACAACGGCAAGACUAACCACGCGGCGACGAGAGCGGCGGAGAUGAGCGACCCAGAGGAGGUGAAGAAGGCAGGUAACGAAAUGUAUAGGAAAGGGAGAUACGCCGACGCAUUGGCUCUUUACGACAGAGCAAUCUCAUUGUCACCGGAUAAUCCAGCUUACAGAAGCAACCGUGCGGCGGCUUUGGCUGCGUCAGGGAGGUUAGAGGAAGCUGUUAAAGAAUGUCUUGAAGCUGUCAGAUUUGAUCCUUGUUACGCUAGAGCUCACAAGAGACUCGCUUCUCUCUAUCUCAGAUUGGGAGAAGCUGAGAAUGCGAGACGUCAUCUUUGUCUUUCCGGGCAAUGUCCCGAUCAAGCUGAUUUCCAGCGGUUGCAGACGCUUGAGAAGCAGCUCAGGCUGUGUACGGAGGCUCGAAAGAUCGGAGAUUGGAGAACGGUCAUUAGCGAAACCGAUGCAGCCAUUGCAAAUGGAGCUGAUUCGUCUCCUCAGCUUGUAGCUUGUAAAGCAGAAGCCCUUUUGCGGCUUCAUCAGAUAAAGGAUUCGGAUUUGUGUCUAUCCAGCAUUCCGAGAUUGGAACAUCGUCUUACUCAGUCACCUGCGAAACUGUUUGGUAUAAUAUGUGAUGCUUACGUGCUAUGUGUUCAGGCUCAGGUUGAUAUGGCGUUAGGAAGAUUUGAGAAUGCGGUUGUAAAGGCAGAGAGAGCCAUCACGAUUGAUCAUAGCAAUAACAAUCAUGAGGUAGUAUCGGUCUUGAACAAUGUGAAGAAUGUGGCGAAAGCUCGUACCAGUGGAAACGAGCUCUUCAGCUCAGGGAGAUACUCGGAAGCGAGUGUGGCUUAUGGGGAUGGACUCAAGUUUGAUGCUUUCAACUCGGUUUUGUAUUGUAAUAGAGCGGCAUGUUGGUUUAAACUUGGUAUGUGGGAGAAAUCCGUUGAUGAUUGUAAUCAAGCGCUGAGAAUCCAGCCUAGUUACACCAAGGCUCUUCUCCGAAGAGCUGCUUCAUAUGGAAAGCUUGGCCGAUGGGAGGAUGCGGUUAGAGAUUAUGAAGUAUUGAGAAAGGAACUUCCAGGAGACAGCGAGGUAGCUGAGUCUCUACAGAGAGCAAAGAUCGCUCUAUCGAACCUGGGAUUCAAUAACGAAGUUGAAGAGGUCUCGACUUUAGAUAAGUUCAAGACCGCAACAUUACUUCCCGGAUUCUCUGUGUUUCAUUUCAAAUCAUCAUCAAACCGACAAAGCGAAGCAAUAUCUCCAUUCGUCAACACCUUAUGCUUACGGUAUCCAUUAGUACAUUUCUUCAAGGUGGACGUGGAGGAGAGCUUGGCAUUGGCGAAAGCAGAGAGCAUCAAGAAAGUGCCAACCUUUAAAAUCUAUAAGAAGGGAGAGAAAGUGAAGGAAAUGGUGUGUCCUAGUCAUCAGUUACUAGAGGACUCGGUUACUCAUUUCCUCUUAUGACAACACAUCUCUCUUUUUGUUUUCACGAGCGUAAAUUGAUUCAAAAGAGCCAGCCAUUUGUUAAUUGAAAAUUUUCAUUCUUUUGUUUUUGUUUUACUGUAUUAUCAUCAUAUUGAAAUCUGCUCCAAUUGUAUCAAUCUGAGGAGAGUGCUUCUCACUUAUAUACUGAAAUGCCCCCAUUAAUUAAAUGGUUUUUUUAUUAUUUCAUCACCUAUUUUGUAACUAAUGCUUUCAAUAAAACUUGAUUUUAACU